UUUCAUAGUACAAAGACACUUGAAGCAGGUUAGGCCUACUGCUGGGUUGAAAUAUUUCAUUAUAUUCAAAGUGCACUCGUUUCAUUUUAAGUGGAAAUGGAAAAAAAUACGCCUGUCUUGAAGGACAGGAGCGAGUUUGAUGCAAUUGGAAACGGUCAACAUUUGGGAGCCGGGGGUCCAGAUUCUGCAGAGCAUCUUAAAUGCAGCGUCCUGAUCCGUACCGGAGGCUCUACGGGCACCACGCGUUUGUACAAGAAACGCUGGAUGAUCGUGUUCUUGUUCAGCGCAUACUCCCUGAGCAACGCGUACCAAUGGAUCCAGUACGGCAUCAUCAGCAACAUCAUGAUGAAGUUCUACAACGUGGACGCCUUCGCUGUCGACUGGCUAUCCAUGAUCUACAUGCUCGGCUACAUCCCCUUCAUCUUCCCGGUGACCUGGCUCCUGGAUAAGAAAGGGCUCCGGGUCACAGCGCUGCUGGCCAACGUCCUUAACUGUGCAGGGACAUGGAUCAAAGUUGCCAGCGCCAAACCCAACUUAUUCUGGGUGACCAUGCUCGGUCAAUCCGCAAGUUCUCUCUCUCAAGUCUUCAUCCUCGGGAUGCCCUCACGCCUGGCGUCUGUCUGGUUCGGCGCAGAUGAGGUUUCCACCGCUUGCUCCAUUGGAGUUUUUGGGAAUCAGGUGAGUUAAUCAUGAGGAAAUAAUCAAUAAUACACCCGAGAUACAUUUUGUUUCAUUAUGUUGAAGAACCAUCCGCUUAAUAAUUAUUUUUGCCGUUUUUAAAUGUAUUAUAUUAUUAGUCGGUUUUCAAGUUUGGGUGGGCUUAGCCCAGAGGUGGAGCUGUGUGCCUGGUCAUUUUUAA